UGUAACGUAGUGCUGUCAGCUGUUCCUGUUUUGUUUCAGUUUUCCCCGUCUUUUCCUCCAGUGUCUGGAUCACCGACUUCAGUAAAUAACUGCAGUAGAACUGAAAUUCAUCUCAUCUACAGCGGAGAAACACUCCAGCUCUGCCCGGGGCUCUUACCUACACACCAGCCGGUCACCAUUUCUUCCACAUUGGAGCCGUCUUCCGCCGACAUCGAGCGAAGAGGUGCAGCCGAUCCCGGGCCUCCAAUCCAGGGCGGAGGGAGGGAAGGAGGGCGCUGGGAACCGGGAUGGAGAGCGGAGAGGGUGUCGGCGGGCCUGGUGGGCCGGACGGACCGGGGCUCCAGUUUGGCUGCGCCUCUUUCAACCAAGACUCCACUGGCUACAGGCUGCUGGUUACUGCUUCUUCCCAUCCUCUGUCUUCCUGUUACUCCUCCUCCCCCCGAGUAAGGAGUUGUACAGUCUGAUGGCCUGAGGGACAAAGGAGUUUUUCAGUCUGAUAGUCCUGCACUUGGGAAGGAGCAGUCUUUGGCUGAACCACAGAGGAAAAGAAAGAGCACUCAGAAAAGUACUCAGAGAGUGCAGACCUCCGCCAAGUCACUGGCUGUGGGAACAAAGACUGGCUACAAGCUGUUUUCUCUGACCAUGGUGGAAAAUUUGGACUGUAUCAAUGAGAGUGCAGAGACUCCAGAUGUCUACAUCGUGGAGCGUCUAUUCUCCAGCAGUCUGAUAGUCAUGGUGAGCACCACCAUGCCACAGCGCAUGAACAUCUACCACUUCAAGAAGGGGACAGAGAUCUGCAACUAUAACUAUCCCAACAACAUCCUGGCUAUCAAGCUUAACAGACAGAGGCUCGUGGUGUGCCUUGAAGAGUCCAUUUAUAUCCACAACAUCAAAGAUAUGAAGCUGCUCAAGACUCUGCUCAACACUCCUAUCAAUCCCUCUGGUCUCUGUGCUCUUUCUAUCAACCAUUCCAACUCCUACCUGGCCUAUCCAGGCAGUGCCACUAUUGGGGAGAUCAUAGUGUAUGAUGCCAACAGUUUGAACACAGUGACCAUGAUCCCGGCUCAUGACAGUCCUGUGGCAGCUCUCACCUUCAACGCCUCGGCCACCAAACUUGCCAGCGCCUCAGAGAGGGGCACUGUCAUCCGAGUGUUCUCCGUUCCUGAGGGUCUGCGUCUCUUUGAGUUCCGCCGGGGCAUGAAAAGGUACGUCAGUAUAAGCUCUUUAUCCUUCAGCCCUGAUGGCCAGUUCCUCUGUGCAUCCAGCAACACAGAGACGGUGCAUAUCUUUAAACUAGAGCAACUUGGACCAAGUGGAGGGGACGAGCCUAACACCUGGACAGCCUAUGUGGGAAAGAUGUUCUCAGCAGCCAGCAGCUACCUCCCUGCUCAGGUAUCCGGUAUGAUGAGACAGGACCGGGCCUUUGCCACUGUUCACCUCGUUACAUCCGGACAAAGGAAUAUCUGCACCCUCGCUAUAAUCCAGAAGCUUCCAAGGCUACUGGUAGCCACAGCUGAUGGGCAGCUGUUCAUCUACAACGUGGAUCCACUGGAUGGAGGCGAGUGCAUGUUGGCCCACAAACACAGGCUUUUUGGUACUGAUGAUGAUCAAGGUGAAGGAAAAGAGUCAGAAGGGUCAGAGGUCACCGGGCCAGUACAGGCCUGUCCAUCCUAUGCUGCGACUGCUGCCUUACCAGCCGCUGGUCCCGUUACUGCAACCCUUACUGGCUAUUCUGAAGACGGUGGUGUAAAGAAAGGGGAAGUCAUUCCAGAGCAUGAGUUUGCUGCUGGACCUGUGUCUCUGGACGACGAGAACGAGUUUCCUCCUGGGCCUGGUCGCUGGUGCAGCAGGUUGAGCAAAGUACUCCAGACGCUCCUCUGCCUAGCAACACUUUCCAGCUCCUCCUGGGUGACCCCGAGGCAUUCCCAGGCCAGAUGAGAUAUAUCAUCCCUCCAGCGUGUUCUGGAUCAGCCCCAGGGCCACCUUCUAGUGGGACAUGCCUGGAACACCUCCAACAGGAAGCACCCAGGAGGCAUCCUGAUCAGAUGCAAUGCGAAGGAGCAGCGUCUCUAGUGCAGGCUCCCUCCAGAUGUCUGAGUUCCUCACCCCUAUCUCUAAGGCUGAGCCCAGACGCCCUACAGUGAAAACUCAUUUUGGCUGCUUGUGUCCACAUGUCACUACCUAAGGCUAAUGACCAUAGGUGAGGGUUGGGAUGUAGGUGGACCAGUAAACUGAGAGUUUUGCUCCCUCUUCACCACACCAAACUGCCCAUUCUUCUCACGCCCCAGAUUACCCUCACUCAUGAACAAGACCCAGAGAUACUUGAAGUGAGGGCAAUCCACUGUUUUCCAGCAGGGAAUCAUGACCUCAAACUUGGAGGUGCUGACUCUCAUCCCGACCACUUCACACUCAGCUGCAAACCGCCUGAGUGCAUGCUGGAGGUCAUGGUGUGAUGAAGCCAACAGAACCACAUCAUCUGCAAAAAGCAAAGACGCAAUUAUGAAGUCCCUAAAUCCCCCCAAAAGAACCAUCUACAAAAAUACCUGUUGUUUUUGUUGACUUACCAUAAAAAAAAACAUGAAACACUCUUCUACUUUUGUAUCAUUCUUUAACAGCUGACAAAAAUUACACAAGCAGCAGGGGUCUUUCCAUAACAGUCAUGUCUGAAUAAAGCCAUGAGGAAUAUUUGUUUGUGUGAAAGUGCCCUGAAUGACAACAGGCUAUCACUUCAACAGACAGGUGAAGCCAGAGAUGUAAUGUAUUCUGAACAGAGCUUAAUUGGAAAUCUAUGUAGUAAUGACACUGACGUAGUACUCAUGUGGUCUUUGACUGUUUGCCAUGUGAAGACCUCUUGUGUUAGCAGAAAAAGGCCUCCUGCCUGAUCAUGAAGAGUUUCUCUUUAUCAGCCCAUUGAAACACUCCAUUCAAGUUCUAUGGUUCCACACUCAAUUACAGUAUGUUACCACAUGACCAGAGUGAAUACUAUGGGCAUUACCUGAUUAUGCAUUAAAAGAAAAUGCUGUUAUUUUUCAGCUUGGGGUAAAGCCCAGACACACCAAAUCAUGUCUUGACCAAAAAGUUGCACAUGAACACCAAACCAAUGGCCAAAAAGCACGUGUCUGCGCCUGAGUGAGAGGACAUACCCCACCCUACCAGCAGAUGGCCGUUGUCUGUAAUCGUCAUCCAAAAAGGGAAACCAGAAGAUUGUCUUGAUGCUAGUUAGCCAGUUAGCACAUUAACAACACAAUCCAAUUUGAAAACAACAUAGCAUAUUUACCGUGCGCCAGUGAACAAGAACACAAACCAUUAGGAAAUGUUUCUGCUAAAGAGAUCAAUGGCUAAAGACAAAUAAUCUUAACUCACAAAACAAGUUUGUUUCGACCUCACUCCCUCUCAACUUAAGUCCUUAGUUAACAUUCCUCACUUCCGUUUCUCUUCUUAUGCACAGAGCUGAACUGCCAAUUAGAGUCGCUCAUGGGCUCCACUGUGUCAACACUGUGUCAACACUGAAUCAACAUGAUGAAUCGGCAGAAAAAAAGGCCAAUUGGUGAGGGCCAACGAUACGGGACACACCGCACCAAUGAGGGUGGCAGACGCUCACCAACGGCCCAACUUUGACCAACGGCCAACCAUCGGCUUGGGGCAUCAGGGCCUUUACUCUCAUGGAUGUAUUAAGAGACCUGGAUACAGCAUUGGCGGCAGGGCUCUGUUCAUUCUUAUGAAAGUUGCUUAAUGGCACAUGAAGCCAAAAUUGCUCUAUGUCUGCGGUAUGAAAUUACCCAGAUGAUCAGCGCUGCUUCUGCAUCAUAGAGCAGGCGUACUAGAGACUUACGGCUGCUGUGGGGCAUGGCUGAGCAGCUAGCUCUUGUUGACCAAGUGGCUGACUUCCAGUUUAGUGCUCCGCUAACUUGGAUGGGUAUACAACAGUUUGAUCUUGUGGCUCUUUCAGACUUUCAUGUCCAAAUGUUAUUGGAUUGAGUGAAUUAAAUCUUGAUAGCGAAAUUACUCAUUUUGUGAUGGCUGUGACGCUUCACAGAUGUCUCUUUCCCAGUAUAGGUCUAUGGGAAAAAGUCUUUUUGGGGCCCAAUGGCAUCAUGUGAUGGACCCAGGAAACUGCAGUAACACUGUAUGGCCAUUACAAAAAUUGGCUUCAAAGCCCAGGGCACUUCUCGGGCACCUGCUUACUCCAUUCUGUCUGUGAAACAUGGCAAAUUUACAUCUCCUUGAAUGUGGAAAAAAAUGAUCAGGAUUAGUAGCCUAUGCCUCCUAAAGCGCUCCACAUUUACGUAACUGUACAUCAAUUUUUGAUGAUAUGUUUCUGAGUCCAACUGAGGUAAACACAGGAAUUAGCCCUUUUAUUAGCUAACUGCUAAUUAUAACUAACUGCACUGAGAUUUUCUUUAUUUUUUUUAUUUUUUUUUAUUUUUUAUUUUUAUUAGUGAAAUUACAAGACAAAAACAAGGUGAUACAGGACAAAUAAAGUGCAAAACAAAGCAAGCAGACAAGAAAAUAACAAAAACAAAACAAACAAAAACAGAAAUAAAAACCAACAGAACAAAACAGGUAGCCGCUUACAUCAGUUUUUGAGUUUGAGAAGGGAGUAUAUAGGAGUAGGUGAGUAGGUGUGUGCGUGUGUGUGUCUGUGGGUGUGUGUGGGUGUGUGAGUGAGAGCGUGUGUGCAUGGGGGUGUUUGGAUGAGAGACAGAGGGUGCGAUAUUAAUGUUAUAAUGUAGUAAUAAAAUGAUAUAAUAAUACUGAAGCUAUAGAUUAUGUCCACUAUGGUAUAUCAUUAUAUAGAAUAAUACAGUACAACAAAACAAACUUAACAGGAGUGUGCUAUAACACUGUAUAAGAUAAUAUGACAAUCUAAUGAUAAUAUAUAUAAAUAUAGUAUAAUAACACAAUAACAAAACACAAUCUGAUAUAGUAAAACAUGAAAUAGAACUAUAAUAAUAAUAAUACUGAACUAGAAUACAGUAUAAUAAUAAUAAUAAUAGAUGAUAAUAGUCAUCAUCAUCAUCAUAAUAAUAAUAAUAAUACUAAUAAUAAUAAUAAUAAGAAGAAGAAACAAACAAAAACAAGCAAAUAAUAAAAUAAAAAUAUGACAAAGAGAGGAGGCAAGGCCAGACUGGGGUAUCGGAGAGGCCAGGGAGAGGCCCCUCCACCAGGCCCCAAGCAGGACAGCCAGAAGCCCCAGCAGGAGACAGGCGAAACGGGAGUGAAGUCAGCCCCCGGCAUUUUAGAGCAACCUGCCAGCUAACCAAACUAGCUUCCUUUUCAUCUGCAUUAUUAGCUAAAAAUUUAUUAUGUAAUGUUUCAUAUAUUUAUAUAUAGGAUGAUUUUAUGUCAGCAGAGGUAAACACGUAUUACAAAACAUAUCAUGAAAUGUUUUGAUUUUUUGUAUGUGUUGUUCCCACAGACUGCAUAUAAAGAUGGACUAAAUGUCCCCAGUUCCUCCUAUUGCAUAAAACUGAAGCCAGAAUAUUCCAAAUUGGCCAUCGCCAUCUUGUGUUGGUGACGUCAUUUGGAGCCAGUGUCUACACAGUAGCCACCUCUGAGAUAUCGAUUUAAAACCAAACUCAUCAGGAAAAAAAACACUUGGACAUACAUCAGUAUGACCAUAGCUACCUAAAAUGACAAAAAAACAUCUUCAUGAAAAAUGUAUUUGACAUGAAGGCCUACUUUGAAUUUUUAGUUUGCCCAUGUCCCAUCCACUAACAUGGAGGGGGCAAGGAUAAUGACCUAUACUGCAACCAGCCACCAGGGGGCAAACCGACAUUUUGCCUUCAGUUUUGGGGAGCUGUCAUGUCAUCCAUUUUUAUAUACAGUCCAGGAGGUAACUGGGAUGGGAUUUGUCUCCAACAGCAACUUGCCAGCUAACCAAACUAGCUUCCUAUUCAUCUGCAGUAUCAGCAAAACAUGUAUUACUUAUGGUUUCAUGUAGAUAGGAUGAUUUUAUGACAGCAGAGGUAAACACAUAGUACAAAAAAAUCCUUAAAAUGUUUUUAUUUUUUUGUAUGUGUUGCACAGGAAUUUGUCUUAAACUCACAAACUUGGCUGUGAGCUGCAUUUGACAAACCCUGUAGAUUAAACUAACAGAUCUGUUCAUGUGUUUUGGUAGAUUAAUUGGUGCCGAGACGGGACUGGAGGUGGCCAGGCCAGGCCCUCGUGAAUGGGUAGAAGGACAGUCGGACAGACAGACAGGCACUGGCAAGUGGGAUGAACAGCAAAAAAGGGGGGAAAAAAGUCAUUCAGGGUGCCAAGUUACGUUUUUCCAUUUGAGACAAAGUAAUAUUGAUUGCCAUUGAAGUUGACGUUGAAAACAAAACACUGACCAAGAAGUAGAUGUCAGAGAAAUUUCUGAGAGAACCUGUAUCUGGUCCUGAUGUUACCUAAUGGGUGUGUUAAAAAUACGCUUCUGAUUUUGUAACAUCACCAACAGCACCUCGAAACUUCGUUUCAGCUUAGGGUUGAGUUUUAAAACAACUGAACUCAGAGGAAAUUCCCCAAUUUAUAGAUGCUGUUGACUACUUAAAAAAAUCAGGGAGUUUAUCUUCAUGGAGUGUUAUAUGAAAGUAUGAGGUGCAUGCUGGACAAGAAAUAUAACCACAAUUUUCAUAGCUUUUUUACUUGACAAAUAUUUUAGUAAGUUUCAUUAUUGUAGCAAAAUUUUUACUUCUCAUAAUAAUAAUAUCUUAGUUGACGUCCAUAAUAAUAAUCUGAAUUGUUUUCAUUUUUAUUUUGUAUUGUAUUUUACUGCAAUGACAUUGAUUUGAUGUUUCUGUGUAUGUCUCCUGGAUACAUUUCAGAGGGCAUGCAUGUACUGUAUUUUUGUUUGUGCCUAUUAUGAUUUGUAAACAAGCAAAGCAUUUUGCUACUUGCACAAGACCAAAACAAGUAAAAGAAACAAAUAAAUAAAGUGGAGUAAGAAUGAACCUAUGCAAAGCAAAGAAUUGGUCCUGUUUUAUUUUAUGUUUGACAUAAUUAAAGAGAUAGUAUAGUUUUUUAAGUGGGGUUGUAUGGGAUACUUAUCCACAUACAGUAUAUUACAAACAUUAGAUGUCAGGAGGAAGGCCUCCAGUUUGGAGAAGCAAAAAGGAGUCCAGCAUGGAAGCUAAGCAGUUCUCAGCGCUAUAUCAUGGGAACUUUGUUAGAGGCAUUUCACUUCUCAUCCAAGAGGUUUCUUAAGUUCUAACUGACUGUUUAGGGGGUUGCAGGCUUGAAACCCUGUGUGGGUGUGAACCCUUAUAGAGUCUUUGGGUCACAUGUGAGCCCUGAGUUUCAGAGUCGUUAAAGUCACUUGUGAAUAGUUGACCCACCCAGCCAUCAUGUAGGUUGCAUUAUAAGUGGGUGAUAAGUGGUGUUGUAGGCCACCUCCUCUGUUUAACAAGUCGUUCCAGUUUGACGUAGAUCAAAAUUGUCCAACUUUCCUGCAUUCUACAUGCUUAAUAUUUUUUGAAAGACAAAAAUACUGAAAAUGUUUGUAAUAUCACAGAGUGGCACACAAUAGCAUAAGUCAUGAUUUUAUGGUGUCUGGUAGAUUGCUGGUUUCACUUCUGAAAAAUGUUUAAAUUUUUUUGCCCAUUUUGUAUGAAUGCAUUAAGUUCUCACUCAAAACCCUUCAUCAUAAAAGUAAAAUGCAAUUUGAAAAUAUUUUGAUUGUAAGUCAAACAUUAAAUACACUGCAAAAUCCUA